AUGAUAAGUGUUGCAGAAAGUAGGAAAGUAAUAAUAGGAGGAAACUUUAACGUGAGAACGGCAUCGGAGGGAGCAAUUAUUUGGGGCCCGACUGAAACUAAACAGCCUAGAAAGUCGCAAGAUACGCUGAAAGAUAGAUAUGGGGACAUAAUGUUAGAAAUGGUGGGCGAGAACGCAUGGAGUAUAAUGAACGGAAACUUAAAAGGUGACAAUGGCGAAUUUACAUUUAUAACAGCAGAAGAUAGAUCAGUGACAGAUUACGUUAUUGCAAACGUGAACGCACGGGAGAGAAUCAUGAAUUUCGAAGUGGACUGUAAAGUAUUUUGGCAAGGUCAUCGUCCACUUAUAAUAGAAAUAGAAAAUCAAGAUCAAGAAAAAGAAUGUGAUCAAAUAGAUAAAGAGUACGAACGAAAGAAAUUACAACAAAUCAAAAACGAAGAUCAAGUUUGGAAGUACAUAUACGCGGAAAAAGAGACGCGAGUACAGACGACUAAGACGGUAGAAAACGAUUUCACUACACAUGAAAACGAAGAAAUCGCAAUGGAAAUUACGGAGGACGAAAUAAGGAAUCAAAUAGCGAAAUUGAACAUGGAACAAACUGUUGAUCUUAAUGUAUUAACAGAAAUAAUCAAUAAUAUAUGGAGAGGAAGGUUAUCUCUUGAAAGUUGGAAGGUGCCAAUCGACACAAAAGAAGCUAAGCAUGAAACUAACACAGGAAUACUUACUUUAAAGAUUAUAUAUUCAAUAUAUACGAUGUGUCUGAAAGAGAAAUUAGAAACGGAAUUGAAGACAAAAGACAUAAUUCCGGAAACUCAAGCAGAAUUCAAGAGUGCAAACGGUACUGUAGACAAUAUAUUUAUAUUGGAUUUUAUAAUAAAAAGAGAAUUAAAGGAGGUAUGUGGUUCAGUUUACGCGUUUUUCGUAAAACUCGCCGAAGCGUUUGAUACAGUAGAUAGGGGAGAACUAGAAAGAAUGUUGGAAACGAAUGGAAUAAGUGAAACUCUACGAAUUAGAAUAAGAGAUAUAUAUAAGGAAACAGGAGCGGUUAAAGGUUUAAGAAAGGGAUGCCCUCUAAACCCAAUCCUGUUCUCGUUGUAUAUCGCAGAUCUAGAGGGAGACAUGCAAAACGCAGAGAUUAGAGGUUUACAAAUUGGGAAAAUAAAGGUACGUUCGUUCGUAAAUGAAGACAAUAUAGUUCUAAUCGCGAAAAAACCAGAGGAGUUAAAAACACUCAUGGAACACUUGAAUAAUUAUUUAAAUAGAAAAAAAAUGAACAUAAAUUGUGAGAAAUCAAAAGUAUUGGUUAUCACGAGGAGUGCAGUCGAAAGGCAAGAGAAGUGGACAUUCGGAGAAAGAGACAUAGAUGAAGUACAGGAUUAUGAAUAUUUAAACUUCCACUUUGAGAAAAAUGGAGGAUGGACCAUGCAUACAAAAGAAACAGCGAAGAGAGCAAUGGUAGCCAUGGCGCACACAUGGGACAUUGGAAAACGAAAAUUCGGGGAUGAUAUUAAAGAAAGAAUAAUGAUGUUCAAGCCGCUAAUUGAAACUAUUUUGUUGUGCGGAGCCGAGAUAUGGGGUGCGACGGAAAUGGAAGAAAUUAAAAAGGUACAAGAAAAAUACAUGCGGUUGAUAUUGGAAGAAACAAUAGGUGAAAAUAUAAGCACAGUAGCGUGUAACAUGGAAUGGCUAGAGAUUCUUCAAGAGUAUGACACCAGGGUAUUAUUACCAAAAACAUUUAAAUGGAAACAUUCCACAGCGGAAUUCCUCCACUUCACAGGAUUGAAAGCAAGAGUUCGUAUAUACACGGGAGUAAAGUGUCACAUAGAAGAAAACGAAGUAGAUAUCGAAGAGGUGAUAGGGAUCCAGGAAAGAAGACCGAUUAUCGGAAAAGACGAAUGGAGGAUUUUAACGAUAUUCAACGUCUUUGCACUGAAAACACAACUAGAGGAUAUAAUAAGUUUUACAGAAAGUAGGAAUGUAAUAAUAGGAGGAAACUUUCACGCGAGAACGGCAUCGGAGGGAGCAAUUAUUUGGGGCCCGACUGAAACUAAACAGCCUAGAAAGUCGCAAGAUACGAUAAAAGAUAGAAUUGGGGACAUAAUGUUAGAAAUGGUGGCCGAGAACGCAUGGAGUAUAAUGAACGGUAACUUAAAAGGUGACAAUGGCGAAUUUACAUUUAUAACAGCAAAAGAUAGAUCAGUGAUAGAUUACGUUAUUGCAAACGUGAACGCACGGGAUAGAAUCAUGAAUUUCGAAGUGGACUGUAAAGUAUUUUGGCAACUUCAUCGUCCACUUAUAAUAGAAAUAGAAAAUCAAGAUCAAGAAAAAGAAUGUGAUCAAAUAGAUAAAGAGUACGAACGAAAGAAAUUACAACAAAUCAAAAACGAAGAUCAAGUUUGGAAGUACAUAUACGCGGAAAAAGAGACGCGAGUACAGACGACUAAGACGGUAGAAAACGAUUUCACUACACAUGAAAACGAAGAAAUCGCAAUGGAAAUUACGGAGGACGAAAUAAGGAAUCAAAUAGCGAAAUUGAACAUGGAAACAACUGUUGAUCUUAAUGUAUUAACAGAAAUAAUCAAUAAUAUAUGGGGAGGAAGGUUAUCUUUAGAAAGUUGGCAGGUGCCAAUCGACAUAAAAGAAGCUAAGCAUGAAACUAACACAAGAAUCCUUACUUUAAAGAGUAUAUAUACAAUAUAUGCGAUGUGUCUGAAAGAAAAAUUAGAAACGGAAUUGAAGACAAAAUACAUAAUUCCGGAAACUCAAGCAGAAUUCAAGAGUGCAAACGGUACUGUAGACAAUAUAUUUAUAUUGGAUUUUAUAAUAAAAAGAGAAUUGAAGAAGGUAUGUGGUUCAGUUUACGCGUUUUUCGUAAAACUCACCGAAGCGUUUGAUACAGUAGAUAGGGGAGAAUUAGAAAGAAUGUUGGAAACGAAUGAAAUAAGUGAGACUUUACGAACUAGAAUAAGAGAUAUAUAUAGGGAAACAGAAACGGUUAAAGGUUUAAAAAAGGGAUGCCCUCUAAACCCAAUCCUGUUCUCGUUGUAUAUCGCAGAUCUAGAGCGAGACAUGCAGAAAGCAAAGAUAGAAGAUUUAGAAAUUAAGGAAAUAAAAUUACGUUCGUUCGUAAAUGAAGACAAUAUAGUUCUAAUCACGAAAAGACCAGAGGACUUAAAAACACUCAUGGAACACUUGAAUAGUUAUUUAAAUAGAAAAAAACUGAACAUAAAUUGUGAGAAAUCAAAAGUAUUGGUUUUCACGAGGAGUGCAGUCGAAAGGCAAGAGAAGUGGACAUUCGGAGAAAGGGACAUAGAUGAAGUACAGGAUUAUGAAUAUUUAAAUUUCCACUUUGAGAAAAAUGGAGGAUGGACCAUGCAUGCGAAAGAAACAGCGAAGAGAGCAAUGGUAGUCAUGGCGUACGCAUGGGACAUUGGUAAACGAAAAUUCGGGGAUAAUAUUAAAGAAAGAAUGAUGAUGUUCAAGCAGCUAGUUGAUAAUAUUUUGUUGUACGGGGCCGAGAUAUGGGGUGCGGCGGAAAUGAUAGAAAUCGAAAAGGUACAAGCAAAAUACAUAAGGUUGAUGCUAGAAGAAGUAAUAGGUGAAAGUAUAGAAAAUAUAAGCACAGUGGCACGUAAAAAGGCAAAAGAAUAUCAAAACAACAUAAAAAAAGAAAGCACAAAUAAAAUACUUAAAGAAUGUUAUUUUAAUAUUUGUUCUAUUUCGAAUCACCCUUUAAAGGUACAGAAACCAGAAUUAUUCCAUAAGAAGGAAUGUCAACCAGAAUUUUUGCACGAUCUCGUUCUGAAAAUGAAGGCUUACAUAUUUACACCCGGUGAUUCGAUCUGCCGGAAGGGUGAAGUAGCCAGAGAGAUGUUCAUAAUAGCGGAUGGAAUUUUAGAAGUGAUCAGCGAAACAGGAAGAGUUUUAACUACCAUGAAGGCCGGGGACUUCUUCGGAGAGAUUGGCAUCCUGAACCUCGACGGAUUAAACAAACGCACAGCGGACGUUCGUUCUGUAGGCUACUCCGAGCUGUUCAGCCUUUCUCGCGAGGAUGUGCUUGCCGCGAUGAAGGACUACCCAGAAGCCCAGGAAAUCCUGCAAAACCUCGGUAGGAAGCGGUUAAUGGAGGCUCAGAAGGUGGCAAGAGCAACGCGCCAGCCUACAUCCCCCGGUCACGAUUCCUCCGACAACAGCACGGGCAAAAGAAUCGUCGACAAACUGAAAAGCGACGUGAAGGGUUUGAAGAACGCGUUGCGAAAAAGUAGAAGAAACACCAGGCCGGAAGAGAGUCUCGAGCUUCAACCGUUGACGUCGAAGGCACCGACGCUGAAGAAACAGCAGAAGGUGGACAACGGUCAGGACGCGUCCGCAUCGAACACCCAAGAACCACCCAUAUCGCCUCUCGGCGCAGGUCUGCCUCUGCUCGCGAGACUAAAAUUAUUAAAAGAGAAGGAGGAACGAGAGGAGCGUCGGAAUUUGAUGGAAACGCAGGUGCACUCUCCGGAACAGCAGCAGCAGCAGCAGCAGCAACAACAACAACAGCAGCAACCUCCGAUGCAGCAGCCAUUACCGGAUGCACAGAACCCUAUGAACCCAAACUUACCGUUCUUCCAGAGAAUACUGUUGCUGAAGGCGAAAAACGAGCAGGAGGCUCAAGCAGACAAAGAAGCACCCACCAAGGAACCUCUGCUUCCAAAGAACGUCAUUCCUGAAGAGUCGCAGGAGUCUUCGCCCAAACCGACACCCAAACCCGUGAAGCAACUCUCGAUACAAGCUUCGGCCGAACAGACUAUCAAAUCACCGACAAGUAGCUCGAACGUGGAAUCGACGAACGGUUCGAACGUGAAGAAACCGUGGGCCAUGCUGAAAGACGCCUCCAUAACGAACAAAGAGAACUCACCUCAAAUGAGCCCGCCUCUGAGGAGGUUACAGCUGAAGCAGAGUUUGGUGCACCUCAGACAACAGACGAAGAUGUACGCGUCUGUCGAUGAUCUGUCGCCGGAAUAUUGCGGACUACCUUUCGUCAAGAAGCUGAAGAUAUUGAACGAGAGACAGAAGUUGGCGGAACUCGAGAAAGCGGUUAGAAGUUCCAGCCUCGACUGCGGCGAAAAUACCGAGAUCGAGUUUGAUGGGAAUCUAACCAGAAGUCAUUCGGAAGCCUGCGCUAUCGAGUACGCCAGGAAAUUGGAGAAACUGAAUCAGCAUCGACGAACUUCGGCGUCGCCGUCGGAUCAAUUAUCGCCUGAGAAUGAGACGCUGGAGAGGCGGAACCUGAAGAGCAUUCUGAAGAAGCUGUCAGCCGGAAGUCGAACCGGAAGCUCGGAGACUUCGGCCACAAGCACGCCGGACCGCGAAGCGGCCACUGCCGAAUUACGAAAAUUAAUGAGAGCACCAACUAUAGAAGGUUACGCCGCGAGGCACUCGAAACUGUCGAAAAGUGUCACAUUUAACAAGUAUACGUUGCAAAGUCCACCGUCCGAGCAGAUCCCGGGAAAUUAUCCGCUUGGGUCUCAGUUGUCCGAUUCCCAGGAGCAGGCCUCACUGCCACCGCCCAAUAAACUCAGUUUCCGUCCUUUGGGCAGCGGAGGUAACCUGCAAAUGGUAUCAUCUCGGCCACGAGAAGAGGAAUACAUGGGAGAGUUGGUGUCUGGUAUCAGAGAAAUCGUUAAGGGUCGUCUGGAGGACAUCCAGACGAAAUUCGAGCGGCAGUUUACGUCGUUAGAACUGGAGAUCCGUAAAAGGGACGAGAUAAUAUCGCAGCUGCAGGCGAGGAUACAGGAAUUGGAGCAGCGUGAGUCGCGGAACGGAGACGACUCCCUCGGGGAUAGCACAGAGCACGAUGCCUCGUUGGAGGAAGAUCUGGAUGACGAUCGUGAGGAUCAUCCUUUCAUGAGGGACGGUUCGGUGGACACGGUUCUGACCACUCGACCACAUUACAAGCGUUCCUCGCCCACCACCGAGUCCGGCUCUCACAACAGGAGGUCGUGGGAGGAGCACUCCGAGGAGGAGACGCUGGAGCUCCAGGAGUUACCCAGCUCGAUCGUGCCGCACAGUCUGUGGAAGGACGAGGUGGCGAUCAACCUGGAAUCGAACAGCGAGAGCAGUAGAUCCGAGGACGAGUUCGACGACAGAGCAAGCGGCAGGACCGACAGCGACGACGAAGAGGAGGGUGAAGUACGUCGGCAAGGGCACAAUAAUUGGGAAGUGGCGAUGCUCGCUCAGGAACUCGAGGCCAGACGAAGAAGCAGCGAAAACGCGAAUCCGGGUUCCUAGCGCAUUAACGAGAUCCUAGAUGUACUGUGUUACCUCACGAGCACGUUGCAUCCCGAGGGCUGGUGUAACGAGCCGACAGCAGCCGGCAGUGCAGCGUUCUGCGAGAACGAUUGUCCUUACUUACAGUUAGACUUCGAUAGCAUGACCAGCUGUAGGGAGACUAUGAUGUAAUCCUGAAGUAAUUCUAGUCGAGGGGAUCGUUCCUUUUCUAUUAUGAUCCUGAGCUUCUGUGUCGAGAUUCGUGGGCCAAAACGUAUCACCUCCGCGGGAGUGUACGCUUGUUUCUAAAGCCUGGACUAACUUAGGUGUUCGCCCGUUAAAUCCUCACCUCUUUACGUUUUAGUCGCACUCUCUCUCUAUGUACGUCCAGUGCUUGUUCUCGAGGUUUAUUCUUCAAUUUGAUCACUGACCUGUUCGUUCCUUUCGUCUCGUUUUGUCAUCACCUUCGUACGGGACUCUUCGUACGAAAGGACUUUGUGUUUUGUUUGUUAAUGUGCUGUAAUUGGUCCAUUAGCGAACUGGAGGAUGUUCUUUGACAAAGGUAAGGCGAAAGUGUACGAGUAAAUUUUCUCGUACGAGAUUUCGGGGAAAUUAAAAUUAGAGGAGUGCAAAACUGUAACAAUUUUGUGUUGAUGGAAAUAUUUUACCUUCAGUACAGAUUUCUGUGCAUGUUUGAUAGCUUCACAAACACUAUUAUGACUUUAAUCGGAUUAAACUCGUAGUGAUUUAACCUGGCUUGUCAGUAGAUCGCUUCUAACUUUAAUCGAUUAUCUUGAUUGAUUUUAUUAUCAGUCGAAUUGAAUAAGUCGAUAAGAGUUUCUCAACAUUUUGCAGUAGAAUCUCGUUAAAAAUUAUUGGACCAGUAAUUGUGUGUUCUUCGAUAUUUACAAUAUUAUAACCCAUUAAAAUUGUCGUUUAUUUUAAAUCUUAUUUGUUAAUAAUUUAACUGCUAAGGUUCACGUUUAUGUAUGUAUUUUUAUUGAUAAGUUUAAUACUAAAGCUGUAUGAUUGGGACAAGUUUCGUAAUUAGUGCCUCUGUACUGUUUGCAGUUCAAACGGAGAUAUCUGGGUAUAGCUUGGAUAAUCGCAUUAUAAUAUUGUUUACUUCGACAGAACAUCAAUACAAUAGUACAUAUGCAGAGAAACGGUGCAUUGAUUAAUUGUUUAUCAUAAUUGGAUAUUAUUCGGAUAAGCUUCUGAUAUAGACUUCGAAUUAAAAGAGAGACUAAUGAAAAGAGAAUUCGAGAACGACUAUUUCCUUAUUCGAAUAGAAAUGCAUUUGAAGAUUUUCGAAUAAUUCUUAUUACAUUUUGAAAUUUAUGAUUUUUGGACUUGCAAGUUUAAAAGUUUCUACAUUUGAAAUUUUUUAAUUUUAUGAAUUCUACUGAUUUUAUUCAUUGAUGAACUGGAGAAUUUUUGUUUUUGAAAUUUAAGAAUUUCCAAAUAUAGACAUCUCUCAGUUUGGAAAGCUCUGCAAGUUCAUAAAUCACUAGAUUACUAGAUUUAUAGUUUUCUAGAUAUUUUGAUUUCUAAAUUUUUAGAUAUUUAGA